AUGUCCACCGCAUCACAACCUGCAGCUUCGGCAUCGCACAGAUCGCCUGCAUCAACGGCACAACGAACAGCAGAAGCCAAGGACGCGUUUACUGCAUCUCUCAAUUCUGUCGGGGCCAGCAUUGAUGCCGAACUACAUGCACGGGCGAAGAACAUCCACGCCAACGCCAAAGCACUAAAUAAGCAGGAAAAUGAUUUGCGCCAGGACACAAAAUCCUUAAGCAAGGAGAAUGACUCUCUCCAGAAACUUCUUGACAAGACGAAGAAAGAGGUCCAAGGUUUCGGUGAACUGAACAGCGUGAUGGCAAAUCUGGACGCCGAUAUGGCGAUGAUUGAGGAGACUCUGCGACUGGCGGAGGAGGGUGAGGAAGAAGAUCCUCCAAAAGACGAUCACCCUCCGCAUCAUGGUUGA